GGGCUGGGCUAGCAGGGGGCUGUGGGUCGGGAGUGAGGGCACCAUCCAAGCCGCUCUCAGGUCUCAGACUUGCUGUCUGGGCUGCGAGGGAGCUGGUGGCCCUGGGGGGCCGUGCUCGGAUUAGCCCCAUUAGCGUUAAUGGGGGCGGCACGUCCCGUCCUCUCCCUGCCCCGCAGAGACCUCGGAGCACUUAGCGCAGCCAGCAGCUCCCAGGUGUGCGCCGAGAUCGGUAUCAACAUGAAUAAAUCAUCUCCCUAAUGGAGUGAGGCGGGGGCUCUGGCGGGCGCGAGUCCUGGGAAAACGCUGCCCCGGAGCAGGGGGCCCCCCCGGCUCCCACUGAGUGGGAGGAUCUCCAAGUACUCAGUGCUCUAUUAGCCCCUGAGGGGGAAACUGAGGCACAGAGGGGCCGUCAGCAGAGUGUCAGCAGCACAGCUAGGAAUGGGACCCAGGCAUCCUGGCUCCUAAGUCCCCUGCACUAACCAUUAGACCCCACGGCCCAGAGCUGGGAACAGGGCUGGAUGCAGCGGGGGGCACAGUGCCACUCAAGAUCUGGGGGGGGGAGGCCUGGAGCGGUGGCCCCUCCCCCAUGCUGCUCAGCUCCCCCCAGGCUUUGGCCCCCAGCCGGUCCUUACGCAGUUUGCAGCCCACUCAGCCAAGCGCCCCAGGCCCCAGCCGGUACCUAGAAGAGCUUGGCCUGUUGCCAAGUCCCACCUCCCUCCCCCCAGUUCGUGUCUCUGAAUCAGACGAUUUCCCCCCCAUCCCCAAUUCACAGCCGCAAUUGGAGAACCACAAACCUCCCUCCCAGCCGUGACUUGGCACCAUUAAAUAUUGAGCAGAGCCGGCAGCGUGGCCGCCCGCGGCGAGGUAUAAAGCGCUGGUACCCGCUGCCCAUCGCCAGCAGCUCCGUGCCAGGCUGCUGGGGCACCGGCGCCUCCCAAGUGUCCCGCUGCGGAUCCCUGCGGCGCUGGAGCCGGCCGGGGUGUCUGCGCUGGCCAUGGGGCUGCUCUGGGGCAAAUGGUGCUCCCGUCUGCCGGCCGGCGGCCAGCCCACCCCAGUCGCCGCGGCCCGGAGGCCCCAGAGCGUCAUGUCGGAGAGCAAGGAAUGGGCCACCCUGAGCCCCGAGGAGUUCGCCCACCUGCAGAAGUACAUUGACUACAGCAGCAGAAAGGUCCAGGACGUGCUGCAGGAGUUCUAUGGAGAUGGCGCCUUGGUGCAGCACCUGCAGGGAGACUCGAUCGACUUCGAGGGCUUCAAGCUGUUUAUGAGGAGCUACCUGGAGGCCGAGGAGAUCUCGGACACGCUCUGCCAGCACCUCUUCCUGUCCUUCCAGACCUCACCUGGGGAGGCCCCCGGGCAGCAGCCGGGCCUCGGGGAGCAGCCAGCCAGCGGCCUGGUCUGUGUCAACGAUGUCUCCUGCUACUUCUCACUGCUGGAGGGGGGGCGCCCCGAGGACAAGCUGGAGUUCACCUUUAAGCUCUACGACAAGGAUGGGAACGGCCUGCUGGACAGUUCGGAGGUGGAUCGGAUCAUCACCCAGAUGAUGCGAGUGGCCGAGUACCUGGACUGGGACGUCACGGAGCUCAAACCUAUCCUGCAGGAGAUGAUGAAGGAGAUCGACUAUGACGAUAGCGGGACGGUGUCGCUGGCCGAGUGGCUGCGGGGGGGGGUCACCACCAUCCCCCUGUUGGUGCUGCUGGGCCUGGAAGUGAACAUGAAGGACGACGGGCAGCACAUGUGGCGGCUGAAACACUUUAACCGGCCGGUCUACUGCAACGUCUGCGAGACCCUCCUGGUCGGGCUGCGCAAGCAGGGCCUGUGCUGCACCUUCUGCAAGUUCACGGCCCACGAGCGCUGCGCCCGCCGGGCGCCCCUCAGCUGCAUCAGCACCUACGCCAAGUCCCGCAAGGACACCAGUGCGCAGAGCCACGUGUGGGUGAAGGGCGGCUGCGAGGCCAGCAAGUGCGACAAGUGUCAGAAGAAGAUCAAGAGUUUCCAGAGCCUGACGGGGCUUCACUGCGUCUGGUGCCACCUCAAGAUCCACGAGGAGUGCCAGCCCAGCGUGCCCCCGACCUGCGACUGCGGGGCCCUGCGGGACCACAUCCUGCCCCCUUCGGCCAUCUACCCUGUGGUGCUGGAGAGACAGAACAGCCAGAAGAGCGAAGGCGGGACCCUGGUGGAGGAGACGCUGCAGCCCUGCACCACGCCCGAGGGCCAGGCGCUGCGGAUCAUCCCGGUGCCCGACACCCACCCCCUCCUGGUCUUCGUCAACCCCAAGAGCGGCGGGAAACAGGGGGAGAGGGUGCUCCGGAAGUUCCAGUAUCUCCUCAACCCGCGGCAGGUUUACAACCUGAUGAAGGGGGGUCCGGCCCCCGGGCUGAACUUUUUCCGGGACGUGCCGGAUUUCCGGAUCCUGGUCUGUGGGGGGGACGGCACCGUGGGCUGGAUCCUGGAUGCCAUCGAUAAAGCCAACCUGCCCCGGCGCCCCCCGGUGGCCGUGCUCCCGCUGGGCACCGGCAACGACCUGGCACGGUGCCUGCGCUGGGGAGGAGGCUAUGACGGGGAGAACCUGCGGAAGAUCCUGAAGGACAUGGAGAGCAGCAGCCUCUUGCCCAUGGACCGGUGGCUGGUGCAGGUGACCCCCGAGAACCCCGCGGAGAAGGGGGACCCCGUCCCCUACGAGAUCAUCAACAACUACUUCUCCAUCGGCGUGGACGCCUCCAUUGCUCACCGCUUCCACCUCAUGCGGGAGAAGUACCCUGAGAAAUUCAACAGCCGGAUGAAGAACAAACUCUGGUAUUUUGAAUUUGCCACGUCCGAGACCAUCUUCGCCACCUGCAAAAAGCUCAAGGAAUAUCUGACCAUUGAGUGCUGUGGGCAGCCCCUGGACCUGAGUGGAGCGCUGUCGGGGGUCGCCGUCCUCAACAUUCCCAGCAUGCACGGCGGCUCCAACCUCUGGGGCGAGACCAAGAAGCCGCUGGGCGAGGCCCGGAACGUGGGUGGCGGGAGCCAGCCCCAGGCCGUCACUGACCCGGAGACGCUCAAGACCUGCGUGCAAGACCUGAGCGACAGGCGGCUGGAAGUGGUGGGGCUGGAGGGCGUGAUCGAGAUGGGGCAGAUCUACACGGGCCUGAAGAGCGCAGGCAAGCGGCUGGCCAAGUGCUCGGAGAUCACGCUGCGGACCCUGAAGUGCCUGCCCAUGCAGAUCGACGGGGAGCCCUGGAUGCAGCCGCCCUGCACGAUCCGGAUCACCCACAAGAACCAGGCGCCCAUGCUCCUGGCCCCGCCCCCCCGCUCGUCCAGCUUCUUUGGCAUCAAGAAGGGACCCCAUGAGUUGUAGGGGGAUCCCAGCUGGGGGACAAGGACCCCCCCAACCCGGCCCCCGACCCGGCCCCCUUGGCUCGGAGCAGGGGACAGCCCAACCACAGGGCGCUGGUGGGUUUGGUUCCUGCCCUCCGGCAGCCUGGAUGUCCUGGAUAGACCCAUUGUAUCAUCGGGGGGGGUCACACCUGCGGCCCCGCCAGCCAGGGCCCCUUCCCUGCCCUCGUUCCCCUGCUUGCAGCCUGGGCCGUCUGCGGUAGCGAGCAGGGGGCACACGGGGGCCUUGGUCUAUUCCCCUCCCCCCCCCCCCCCCAGCUGCUGAGAGCGCUGGCCCCCACUGCCCACCCGCCUCUUGGCUGUUUCUGCCCCAUGGUGGGGGGGGAAGGGGGCAUAUGUACCUGCCCCUCCUGUGCAUCUCUGGCCCCUGCAGGGAGUGGGGGGCAGCAGUGUGCUGGGCCCCGUGUGUACCCUACAUUCCAGCCCCCCUAUUUAUUGCCCCCACAGUCCAACACCCCCCCCCCCCGAGAUUUCAAGUGCCUCGUCUUACUAAUAAAGGUUGGAGUUUUUGUUCUU